AUUUGUGAAAUAUUGGUUACACUAAGAACACAGAAAUGGCAACCCUGUGAUCCCCCUCAGGAAAGGUGAGUCUGAUAAUAUGAAUAAUGUAUACAACAUGAAAGGAAGGGGGAGCAGCUGAAGCAAGGAGCCAGACAAAAGGAGAAACUGGUAGCCCCUGGAGAUGUUGGGCUGGCUUCAGCAGCAGCAGCAUGGGAGAAGAGGUUGUGAUGAGGAGACUGAGCAAGACUGGAGAGUACAUAGGCAGCCAACGGAAGCAGUGAUCCCCCAGUCUGGGGCGCCUCCUCCUCGGGCUGUGACUUCAUCCUUAGCCCCGGAGCUCCCUUCUCAACCCAGCAAAGCCCCACCCUCUACUCUCUCCGCUAGAAGAUGAGUGUUUAUUUAACGGUCUGCAUUCGCGCCAAUCUCACUGAAUUCAUGUUGUACUGGACGUUUCAAAGAUAGGACCCUUUCACCUUCCUGAAGAUGAAUUUAGUGAUCUGAAGGCUGCUGUACCAGAACUACAGUGGGAGGUGAUUUGAUUCUACAAUGAUUUGUAGGGAGCCAAAAUUACUCGAGGCGGAACGUCGGGUGAAGGCCAAUGAUCGAGAAUACAAUGAAAAGUUUAAUUAUGCAAAUAAUGGCAUCAAAACUUCUAAGUACAAUGUCAUCACAUUCCUGCCUAUUAAUUUAUUUGAACAGUUCCAGCGUGUUGCCAAUGCAUAUUUUCUUUUUCUGCUCAUUUUACAGCUGAUCCCUGAAAUAUCUUCCUUGUCUUGGUUUACUACAAUAGUGCCUUUAGUGCUGGUAUUAACCAUCACUGCAGUGAAAGAUGCCACAGAUGACUUUUUUCGUCAUAAGACCGACAACCAAGUGAAUAAUCGUCAGUCUCAGGUGCUUCGUGGUGGCAAAUUACAGAAUGAGAAAUGGAUGAAUGUACAAGCUGGAGACAUCAUCAAGCUGGAGAACAAUCAAUUUGUGGUUGCAGACAUGCUACUCCUUUCCAGUAGUGAACCGCAUGGUCUAUGUUAUGUUGAAACAGCUGAACUUGAUGGGGAGACAAAUUUGAAGGUUCGCCAAGCUCUACCAGUAACAGCGGAACUUGGAGAAGAUAUAUCAUUGCUUGCAGAAUUUGAUGGAGAAGUUGCUUCUGAGCCUCCGAACAACAAACUAGACAAGUUUACAGGGACUCUGAUAUGGAAGGACAGCAAGUAUUCUCUGAAUAAUGGCAAGAUGCUGUUGAGAGGAUGUGUUUUAAGAAACACAGAGUGGUGUUUUGGAAUGGUGAUAUUUGCAGGCCCUGAUACUAAGUUAAUGCAGAACAGCGGUAAAACAAAGUUCAAAAGAACCAGCAUUGACCGGUUAAUGAAUACUCUAGUGUUAUGGAUCUUUGCCUUUUUGGUGUGCAUGGGGAUAAUUCUAGCUAUAGGAAAUUCAAUAUGGGAACACCAAAUUGGAAGCUUAUUUAGAAUUUAUCUGCAUUGGAACGAAGUUGUGAACAGUUCUAUCUUCUCAGGAUUCCUUACCUUUUGGUCAUACAUCAUCAUACUGAAUACUGUUGUACCUAUCUCCUUAUAUGUGAGUGUUGAAGUCAUUCGCCUGGGACACAGCUACUUUAUAAACUGGGACCGCAAAAUGUAUUACUCCAAAAAAGGAACCGCUGCUGAGGCUCGUACUACUACUUUGAAUGAAGAAUUAGGACAAAUAGAAUAUAUAUUCUCUGACAAAACUGGAACUCUAACUCAAAACAUAAUGAUAUUCAACAAGUGUUCAAUCAAUGGACGAGUUUAUGGUGAAGUGCAUGAUGAACUGGGACGUAAAGCUGAAAUUAGUGAGAAAACCAUGCCAGUGGAUUUUUCGUUCAAUUCUCUGGCUGAUAGUAAGUUCCAGUUUUAUGAUCAUAGCCUAAUUGAAUCUAUAAAAUUAGAAGAUCCCCACGUACACGAGUUCUUCAGAUUGCUCUCUCUAUGCCACACUGUCAUGUCUGAAGAAAAAAAUGCAGGAGAUCUGGUGUAUCAAGCUCAGUCACCUGACGAAGGAGCAUUAGUUACAGCAGCCAGAAAUUUUGGUUUCAUCUUCAAAUCUCGAACACCUGAAACCAUCACUGUGGAGGAAAUGGGAAAAAUAACAACAUAUCAGCUGCUAGCGAUAUUAGACUUCAACAAUGUCAGGAAAAGAAUGUCUGUUAUAGUCCAAAAUCCUGAAGGACGUAUUAAACUUUAUUGCAAAGGAGCUGACACAAUUUUAUAUGAGCGACUACAUGCCAGCUGUGAAAGCUUGAUGUAUAUUACGUCUGAGCACCUAACGUGAUUUGCAGGAGAGGGUCUGAGGACAUUAGCGCUAGCUUACAAAGAUCUCAGCGAGGAUUAUUUAAAAUGGUGGCUAAAAAUGCUUCAUGAGGCGAGCACUGCGCUUGAGAACAGAGAGGAACGACUUGCAGCCGUUUACGAAGAAAUAGAAAGUAACAUGACGCUACUAGGUGCCACUGCAAUAGAAGACAAACUGCAGGAAGGAGUGACUGAAACUAUUGCCAGCCUUCUGUUGGCAAACAUUAAGUUAUGGAUCCUAACGGGAGACAAGCAAGAAACUGCAAUAAAUAUUGGUUACUCUUGUCACAUGCUCACCGAUGACAUGAAUGAUAUUUUCAUAGUCUCUGGUCACACAGUAAUGGAAGUUCGGGAAGAACUCAGGAAAGCCAAGGAGUGCACAUUUGGACAAAGCAGAACUCUGUAUAAUGGUCACCAGUUCUCAGAAAAGAAUAAAGAAACAACACUUGACUCUGUCUUUGAGGAAACAGUGACUGGUGAAUAUGCCAUGGUUAUAAAUGGACAUAGUCUGGCUCAUGCCCUUGAAGCAGACAUGGAAAAGGAGUUCCUAGAGAUUGCUUGUAUGUGUAAGACAGUGAUAUGCUGCCGAGUUACACCUCUCCAGAAGGCUCAGGUGGUGGAGCUGGUCAAAAAAUAUAAAAAAGCUGUCACCCUGGCUAUUGGGGAUGGUGCCAAUGACAUCAGUAUGAUAAAAAGUGCCCACAUAGGCGUUGGCAUCAGUGGACAAGAAGGGAUGCAAGCUGUUUUAGCUAGUGAUUACUCAUUUGCCCAGUUUCGAUACCUGCAAAGGCUUCUUCUGGUCCAUGGCCGAUGGUCCUAUUUUCGAAUGUGCAAGUUCUUGUGUUAUUUUUUCUAUAAAAACUUUGCCUUCACUUUAGUGCACUUUUGGUUUGGAUUCUUCUGUGGCUUUUCUGCACAGACAGUCUAUGACCAGUGGUUUAUCACACUUUUCAAUAUUGUUUAUACAUCACUUCCGGUGCUGGCAAUGGGACUAUUUGAUCAGGAUGUCAAUGAGCAGAAUUGUAUGGAUUACACAAAGCUAUAUGAGCCUGGGCAGCUGAAUCUACUCUUCAACAAGCGCAGAUUUUUUAUCUGUAUAGCCCAUGGGAUCUACACCUCUUUUGCCCUGUUUUUUAUACCAUUUGGUGCAUUUUUUAACUCAGCUGGUGAAGAUGGGAAACACAUUGCAGACUAUCAAUCUUUUGCUGUCACUGUUGCUACAAGUUUGGUUAUAGUUGUGAGUGUGCAGAUUGGCUUAGAUACUAGCUACUGGACAGCCAUCAAUCACUUUUACAUCUGGGGCAGCCUUGCUGUGUAUUUCUCUAUUUUAUUUGCAAUGCACAGUGAUGGUAUAUUUGAUAUAUUCCCCAGUCAUUUUGCUUUUGUAGGAAAUGCCAGGAAUUCCCUUAAGUCAAAAAAAUGGUUUGGCUUGUCAUUUUCCUUGACCACUGUGAUUUGUGUCAUGCCUGUUCUCACAUUCCGAUUUCUUAAGGUGGAUUUGACUCCAACACUAAGUGAUAAGGUCCGCUAUUUACAACAAGCUAAAAAGAAGCGGAAACCUUUAGAAAACCAUAUGCGUAGGGUUCAUAGGACAAGUUCCAGAAGGUCUGGAUAUGCAUUUGCUCAUCAAGAAGGAUACGGGGAACUUAUUACUUCUGGGAAAAACAUGCGCUUGAACAAUCCUCAUUCCUCCUCAGGCUUAGCAAAGACAAUGCUGAGCAGUACAAGUUGGAUAGAAAAUUUACGAAAGAAGACUGCAGAAAAUUUUAAUAGUUUUAGCAGUGACAAAUCUUCAAAAUUGUGACAUUACUUGUUUUUUUUCCCCUUAAGCUGUGGCCAUAUCCUUGCACUGUGUUCCUCAUUUUAUGAGGGUGAAGCUCUUUAUCUUCUGACAACAAAUAACAUACAGCAUAAAAGAGAAUCUUAGAGUUUCCUACGUUCUGAAUGUGGAAUUUAACAGCUUUCUGAGAAGGAAAAAACAUUUCCAUGGACAACAAAGAUAUGUGAUAUUUUAUCAAGAAUAUUUACAGAACUCAUGUACUGUGAAAGACAACUAGGUCUUUGAACAUUAACACAGCACUGUAGUUUUUUUUUCUUUAUGACCAACAACUGUUUAAAAAGAUAACUGAAUGUCUGGAUCAUUGAUAUGUAACUGUUGAUAAUCAACAAGAUAUUUCCAUGUUUGGCAGUAGUUUGGGAGUAGUACUUUUACAUAGAUAGCUAGGAAAAAAAUAAUUUUAUGACAAGAAUAUAGCGUGAAACCUUUAUUUAAGUAGAAAGAUAGUACAAAAAUUCACAACUGCUCCGCCUCUCAGUCAUUGAUAUUGACAUUCGAUUUUUGGAGUUUUGCACUGUAUUUAUAGUUCACUAACUAAAGGUAUCACCUUAAAACACUUUUGUUAUUUUCUUAAAAGAAAAAUAUUUUUUCCAAAAAAGGUUCAACAAAAUUGUGAUUGACAUUGCUCUAUUAGUAAUGCUAAGGUUGUACUGGUAUAUAUUUUUACAUCAGUUUACAACAAAAUCUUCAAGGCUAGCGCAUCUUUAUUUUUCAUGUUCGCUACAUAUUUUCUUUUAAUGCCUUGGGAUCUGUGGGAUUCAUAUAUUCACGCUAAUGCUGCUACUUUUUCUUUCAGAACUAACUUGGAGCUGCUGAGCUUUUUAUUGCUAAGCGUGUUUGCUCUUACUCUUGGCUUCUUUGAAUGUUCGUUCUUCAGUUUACACCAUGUAGUGGGCUUUUAACCUUCCUGUGACUUAUUUUAACUGCUUCCAUCUUAUUUUGUGUAAUAGAUCUUAGAAUAGGAAGCAGAAUAUACAAAUGUAUGGCCAGUAUAUUCAUUUUCAAUUACAUUUGGAACCUUUUUCAUAUAAUAUUUUUUUUAUUCUUAUUGGAUUCCAAACAUAUACAGGGUGAUACUUAAUACAUUCCUAGUAAUAUAGAAUGAAUGUCUUUAUUCUGUCAUUCUUUUUAGCACUUUGAAUGUAAUACUGUGUGCCACAAACAGAUCAGCAUUUAGUUACUGUUGGCUCAGAUUGAGCUAUUUAUUGGUGUAUACAACAUCCUAAAUUUCAUAAAAGCUGGUUGACAAAAUACAGAAAAAGAAAUACAGAACCAUAAAAUGCCUUAAUGGCUACCAUUUCAUUUGUUGUCAUAUUUAGAUAUCUCAUUCACCAGUAUAGAUUAUUAACCUGUUGAAGGUGUAUUAGCUGUUUUUUAUUUAUUUACUGUGUUUAACAGGAAACUUGUGAACUCAGGAGAUACCAAAUUAUAUGUAUUCUUCAUUGCUGUGAGAUUGUAACUCAUCUUGGUCCCUUUCUCAAUAUGUUGGUAGCGCAUCAUAAGACUCGCAAUACGCUAAAAUAGCAGGAUUAGUAAGCUCUCUAACCAAUUAAUGGCUAUAUCGCAAAACAGGCUGUAACUUUAUAAAAACGUAUUAGCUGGAUAUAGUUUCAGGGCUAAUUAAAUACUGUGACAAUCUUUUUGUAUUCAAUUACAUAACCUGAAUAUGUUUCUAUUUGUCCAGCAUGUCAAAAAUGUGACUCUGAGAGGUCCAAUAGUCAUGCUAACUACAGAAAGGGAAAGUUGGCUGCCUGAUAUGAACAUAAACCAGUUACUGUACAAUCUUAAUCUGGUUUAUUCAUAUAUGUGCAUAAGAUUCUGCUCCCAUUCCUUCAAGUGUUUUUAUGUGUACAAUAAAGUAAAUUUUAUCUUUGGAAUUUACUAUUCAGUACAGACAAAGAAUGUAUUUCUUCUGUUAUGUGUGAUCAGUCCACGGGUCAUCAUUACUUCUGGGAUAU